CAGAAGCCUCAGUAAUGAGAUGGACAUGCCUCAAGAUGUGUGCAGCCCAAAAUGCAGAUAUUUGUGCGAGGGAUUCUCCAUCCCAUGCUUGAAACCUGAAGCUGUGGUGAACUUUUCCUGUCAAAGCGCGAGAUGUUGAAAACUAAUUGUUACUGGUAGCUUCUAAUAGCUUCUAGCUACCAGUAAUAGUAGUAAUGCCCUUGUUGCUACUAGUAAUGCCCUUGUUACUAGUAGCGAUGCCUAGAAGCUACUAGUAUGUUUUUGUGCUCGGCCGUAGCCUAUCGCCUCAAACUUAGGGCUCAGAGGCCAUGGCACAGGACUCGGCCAUCGAAUACUUGCUGGCCUUGCAGGCCAGACCGCGGCCACGUCGGAUAGUUUGCUGCUACCCGGGAGUUGCUGAGAUCAAUUGCCAGAGCUUCCUGUAAUGCGCGGACAAGAUUGGACUUUGGAAGACUGAAGUCAGCUUUAGUUAGCCAAGGCCUUUGCCCUAUGCCAAUCGCCAGAGAAGUGCACUUGCGCCGAGGUGAUGACCUGUGCCACUGAUAUUGAUGCAUCUUUCUCAAGCCAGGGCUCUGACUCAGACUCCGUCGAAGCAACCCCUGGACGAGUUGUGCACGAGGCCCACAUGCAGGCUCGGCCGCCGCGGUUUACUCAGCCACGUAUAUCCGUUAUCCAGGUGCCUUUGCAAGGCAUGCAGCACCUGCAGGCAAGAACAUCUAUCGUUCAGGGCCCAGCUACGCCACGCAGUCAGGCAUUGGGGAAGGAUGCAGGGCUGAAGGUGAGCGCGAGCACGCCCAAGGUGCCGGUGGCCAUGCCAGUGGCUGCAACCGUUUCUUAUCGCAGAUUGCCCCAGGCCUGGGACCUUGGAUCCCCUUGCUCCUCAACACAGUCUGCUCCCGUUUUACCCGAGGCACGGAGCCUUGCAGCUCUACCUGCGCGUUGGAACUCUGCAGCCACCACGCUGACAGGGAGCCAGCGAGCGCAGGUCAAGGUGACAUCCAAGGCAACGACUUCUACGGCAUCCCCUGUGCAAACGCCUCGAUCAAGCCAGGUGGUUUUGGCCUCAUCAACGGACAAAUCGUAUCAUCCACCGCUUCCCGAUGAUGCGCAAGCUGAAAGCCUGCGGCGGAGUCGCAGUUGGCAGCCCCAAGCAGCAUCAUUAGUUCCGACCUCUUUGCCGGUCUUAUUGCCAAUGCGCUACACCUUCGGCAGUGCUUCGUGUGCCAAGCGGCCCCCUAUGGCUCAGGUCGUGGCCUGACAAGCUGACGCGCGCACUCACAAUGUGCAAUCGCACGAGCAACAUGCUCUGAGAAAAUUCGAAAGCUGCGUGGCAGCUGUUGUGUGCAUUCUGCAAACUUGAAAUUCGGGUUUGGCUUGGGAUUGUGUUGUACAGGAACCAAGCCCACUUACUUGCAAUUCAGUGUGCGAAGAAAGGUCAGUGACCCGCAGAGAUGCUUGCAGUGUAACAGUCUCAUCAACUAAACAAUUUUGCAACAAACGACGGAAGCUGAGGCCGCAUGCUUGAUGUACCUUUCAGCUUGUGAGUCAAACAAGCCUCCAGGAUGCCUCAGGCGCUUGCCUAGUGAGCUUCCUGAUUGUCCUGCGAAAGUGGCAGGCCUCGCCGGACUGGCGUUGGCAUAUGUUGCCACCUUUCAGCUUUCAAGUUGAACAAGCUCUUUCAGCAGAGAUGCUACAGGGGCAAUUAGACGAUGAAAAGACAGUCAUGCAGUGCCUUCAAAAACAGGGCGAAUGUUUUUUUCAAUCUUUUCACGCUUGUC